AAACGCUGCCCGCCGAUGCCGCCAGAAAGUAACAGCGGAUCCAUGUUCAGAACAUGUUGAGUGAUAUGCUCAAAUGUAAAGAAACCAAUUCGCGAAUCGGCGCGGGCAUUUGCUAGUCCGUCUUCCGGAGGAACGACUCUGCAUCCCAUAAGACCCCGAAAAGAAAGAACAGCCCGCGAUGGCUGCAGCACCGCCGGCAGCCGAGCGUCAGUUCGCCUGGUGCGCGACGUACGCCAAGCGCGAGUUUAAAGUGCAGCGCGCAAUCCGCAUCCCCAACGAGCUUCCGCUGAAGGAGAUCGUCUUCCGAGUGAUGCAGGAAAACAAGCUGCCCUGCUACGUCGAAGACGAUUUGACGAAGAGCCUUGAAGACUUUGUCUCUCGGGAGACCGAGCUCUUUUACGACGACGCCGCGACGGAAGCGAUCGAGAAGUUCCGCAAGAACGGAGACGUGGCGACUUUGGCGGAGCGCUGGGCGCGUGCCUUCCGGGAGGAACACCUGUGCUACGCGAGUCCUGAAGAGGAGACGCCAGACAGCAAGUUCCCCACGAUGUACCACACGCUCAUACACUCGCCGGCACUGGACACCAUGCUCAACCUGGAGCACAGCUAUGCACUGGCUGUCGGCGACAUGGUGCGAGAACGGGAUCAAACCCUGAAUAACUUGCAGAAGAGGCAAACGCACGAAAUGGAACGCUGUGUGCAACAAGUUGGGCUUGGCCUCACUGAUCGCGACAUCAAUGACAUUGCGGCAAGGCACUUCGAAGAAACCCAAAGAGUGUCUGACCAGUGGGGCAGCCGCAUAGACUCGCUGAAGGAGACCCAGAAGAAAGAGUUUCACGAGUGGGUUCGCACGGUCUACGAGGACUACAUCGUCUCCAAGGGAGGCCGUGGGUUUGGGGAACGCAUGCGAGCUGCAUCAAAGUCGUUGGCGGGGCACGAUGUGCAGAAUUGGACGCCGCCUCCUCCUCGGCCCUCGGAGAGUUUUACGAUUCACUUGGGCUCUCAACUGAAGGUUAUGCACAACCUGAGACUGCUGUCUGCAAACAUCCUUGACCUCUGCCGGCAUGUCACAUACGGCAUGGGGGUUCCGGCACCACAGAGGUUGCAGAUGGCCAUGUCACUAUACUCCAACAGCCUCUCUGGCAUUGUCCUGCUGGUCGACAACCGCAUCAAUUCUUACGUUGGCAUCAAGAGAGACUUUGCAGCCAUUUGCCACGAAUCAACAGAGCUGCACUUUCCGGACUUGGACGAACAGCUGGAGACCAUCCGAGCCAAAGCCCGCGAGGCGAGCGAGGUCCGGGCCGCGGCCAGUCUGUCCGGGUCCGAUGGCAGUUCAAGCCAUUCCAGCCGUCGUUCGAGCUUUUCAGGACAGGACUCAUCGGCUCAGGGGGCAAGCCCAACGUUGCAGACGGGCGAUUUUUACGUCACGCGCCAUUCGAACCUGUCCGAGGCGCAUGUCGUGUUCCAUGUCGUCAGCGACGACUCGUUGCGGCUGCCGGACGUCAGCUCGCGCCACCCCAUUAUCUUGGGAUUGCGCAAUGUGCUUCGGGUGGCGCACGAGCGUGACAUCUGCAACGUGACUCUGCCACUGCUGCUCGUCCACGAACUGUCUGAAGAAAUGACGAUACCUUGGUGCUUGAAGCGAGCCGAGCUGGUGUUCAAGUGUAUAAAGGGAUUCAUGAUUGAGAUGGCUUCGCUGGUUGGCGAGGAGACGCGAACAGUCCAGUUCCUCGUGCCCCAGGGAAUUUCGGAGGACCUCUUUGCCAGCCUUUCCACAAUGCUGUCGACAAUUUUUCGAGUAUCCAACCCGCUCGUUCUGAAGUGACGCAUUUUGGCGACGUAUGAGCGCCUCGAAGAUCAUGAGAGAAAGAUGCUCUUGUACAACAGCAUAAUUUUUGGACGGUAUGACCGGCACUGUCACGACUGACGCGUCCCUAGCGCCCACCUUGACGGGCACACGAGAAGCAACAUGUGACAAAUUACCUCAACGACAUCAAAUGCAUCAUUGCAAAAGCAACUGUACUUUUGUGAAGGGCGUUUAAAUAUCCGGCGGUCUAUUAUGACGGGGACUGCCACUACAUUAAUCAUCUACAAACAGUCCCGUUCCUCGCCAGAAACGUUCCGGUGCUUUUCGUAACAUACUCAUUAUUGUGAUAUGUUCAACAAAAGGUGUGCUGUUUGCACCUAAUGCUGUGAUCAACGCUAUGCGUUAUUAAAACAUUUUGCAACUUUGA